AUGGCUGUCAACGACCGGAUAUCACAGCUCAUGGGCGCCCUCGACUCGGCGUCUGGCCCCGACACGUCUCGUGCGACCUCACCAGGCGGCGACAUAAAUGGCGACGGCGACAAGACACGCCCGCGAACAUUCCCAUAUUUCAGAUACCUGCCAUAUGGAACGGAGGAGCAGAGUGGGCGCGAAGAGAGCUUGAACGAACUGUUGAAGCAUCUCUACAUCGCGGUAUCUGCAGGCGAUUUUGCCCCGGGUGCUGUGCACUGGACGCGUGAGAUCCGCGGAUGGCUGUCCCUCAAGUUCGACCUUCCCCGCCACACGAGGGUCAAGCUGGUCUACCUCUACUAUGAGCUUGCACUGGCUCCCGGGCUGGACCCAAUCGUCGCAGAGCGCUUUGCGAGCAUGUUCAUGGUCCUUACUAAGCGUAAACACUAUCUCCGGUUCGAGAAGGACCUGCUCCUCGACUGGCGGCCGUUGUUUCGAGAGCUGAAGUUGUUCGUCCUGCCGUCGGAGUCGGGAGGCUCACAACCACCAAACAUCAAGCGCAAUAUUCGGACCAUCACCAAGAUGUGCACUUUUGCACAGGCAUACUUCGAUCCUAAGGAGAUACCUGCUAUGUUCGAGGAGAUCAUGCCUUUCUUCAGCACCUCGUUCAGUGAAAACGCCUUCGUAGUCUGCGGUUUGCUGAACCUGUUGCUCCCUACACACCCCGCGCCAGAAGAGAUUCCUCGACUACUGCCGCAGGAGUACGCUGCGCCCACCAUCUUCCAUCUCUGGUCUUUGGUCAGUCGAUCGAGGUUGUUUGACACGCAGAAUAUCGACACUUUGUCGCGAGUGGCGAGGGAGAAUCUGACUGUCUCUUACGUGCCUUUUUCACAGUACGGCAUCUUCACGGGCGAGCAGUGCUCUCAGCUGUUUACCGCAAUGUUGAGGCUACUCGAAAUUCCUGUAGGCCAAGCGACAUCCCCCUACAGCAGCACAGUAGAUCUUGGUGCGGGUCUGGCGGUGAUGCUCGAGCGAGACCCACGCAAGCAUCCAGUGGUGCAUCACAUCUCUCGCAUGAUCUGCAUGUCGCUAUCGCCAGCAUGCUUAGAACACCCUGACUCGUUCAUGUCCAAGCUGGAGGGUCUUUUCCAGGCUAUCGAGACAUUCUUCCAUCCUUCGAACUCUGGUAGCUGGACCAGGCCUCUGGCCAUGUUCAUCUACUACCUAUCGGAUUUCUUCGUCCUGCGCUGGAACCGAGAGCGGAGCGGCGAAAUGGAAGUGCCAGAGGACCGGAAAUUGAACGAUGCAGUGAAGCGCCGUUUCGUGCUCUGCCUUCGAGAGGUCACGUUCAUGGGCAUAUUCUCCAAGAGCGACAAAGCCAUGCAAAGAUCUAUCCCGCCAUGCAAGGCCUUGUUGAGGUUCAUCGAAACCAUUUCAUCAAUUCGAGCGCUGCACAUGCUGUCCAACGUCAUGGUCAAGACAAAGGGCUUCCGGUGCCACGUCACAACACUAUUGGGUCUUGCACUACCAGGCAUCGACGCGAAUGACUUGGAGAAGACAGUACAUACGUUACAGUUCGUGCAAGGUGUCUCUUACCUUAUGCCAUUUCACGAUCUCACCAAGGCGAAGAAGGCAGCAGUCGAGACACUUGACAGAAGUGGGCUGGCCGUGCAAUGGAUCACAGAACAAGUCGAGCGGUUAGAAAGCGCCCAAGGCAACACCGAGAUCAACUAUGACCAGGAGCUAAGCGAUGAAGACGAGGCAAUGAUUCUACGGUCUUCCACAACGGGUCUCAACGACUUUCUCAUAACAUUCCUCGGCCGCGUGUUCACGCUGCUGGAGAACUUACCAGACGCGUCCAGAGUCCGUAGCGGGUCGCCUGAAGAGUAUGUGGUUAAUCACUUGCCAGCUUGCUUCACGCCAUUGCUGGCGGCUCUUUCGCCUGAGCUAUACGACGUUGCCUUGGACAAGGUUGCGAACUUCAUCUCGAACCAUGUCAUUCACCAAGCAAAAGAUGCCAUCGCAUUCAUUUGCAACAGUCUUGUAAAGGUCAACCCCGAAAAAGCGUUGAAGCGCCUGUUACCGGGCAUCUUCGCUAGCAUCCGUACCGAGGUGGAAGACAAUGGCGCAGGAUCAACUCGCACGACUGGUGCAGAAGUACUUCCACGCGACCGCGCUCUUGUUUGGAACCUUAGCAUUUUAGGCAUGUGUGUAGUGCAUGUUGGCGAUGCCGUCCUUGCGUGGAAGGAUGAACUCAUUGAAAUUGCAGAGUACAUGCAGCAGCACUGCCGAGGUACUCCUACUGUACAUGUCUCCAACUUCAUGCACCACUUACUGCUUGACCUCACUUGCACCUAUACCGUUGAUUACUCAAUUUACGAAAAGGACGAGCUUGAACGAGGGCUCACCACUGCAUCAUGGGGUAGGCAGAUCCACGUGGAGAAGGUGAACAUCAAGUGGCACGCUCCAAACCCUGCGGAGAUUGAGUUCGCGAUCGAGCUCUUUGAGUCACAUGCUACGACCGCAAUGGACACAAUUGCUGCGCUCACUUCCACAGAAUCGCCUAUCAAGCGUGAGGGCACUGGCAAAGACUGGUCGGAUGAAGUGUCGAGAAAUCUGACGCUGCUGAGGUUGAUCAUCUCUGGUGUAUCAGUACUUUUCGAUGUGCGCCAUGACCAGAUCGAAGGAGGUACCACAGCUGAUGACAGCGAUUCAGACGCUGAUGCCAUGGACACUGAAGGUAUCGAUGACGAUGCUGGACUGGGUGAAGCAGACGACGAGGAAGUGAAGCCCACAUUCCAAUACGAGGCUAACUACCCCCUCAAGCGGGGUGGUGCUCAGUACCAAUUGAUCCACGAUCUUCGCCGCAAGAUCGGUGAGACUCUUCACACGGUACAUCAAUUCCUCAUGCAGAAUCAGCCCGACGAUGUACCGUGCUUCAACGCGCUAUACAACGCAUACCGCUCUUGGUUCAUCGAUGUUGGAAUCGAGCGCUCUGCACACAUCCUUGAUCGUAUAGCCAAGCUUCUCCAGCAGGACGAGAGGCCGUUCAAGUUUGGUGGCUUGCGCAAACAAUACCCGCGACCUCUGCUCGUUAGACGCGCGAACGUAUACCACCUGCAACGCUUACGCCACAAUGCCACUCCCCGACCGAAGACGGACCUCGAUGCACGAUUGCUUCUUGAUAUUGCAGAGUCAAGCAUCUCGGUAUAUACCGAGAUUCGACGCACGGCUCAAACAGCGGUCGACUCCGCCGUUAAGUGCAUUCUUGGUUCUCGACCACUCGUAGUCCCGACUUUAUUGGAAGCUCUGAUCAAAGCCAUCGAGGAAAAUGAUUAUCCUCGCAUCAAGGGUGCCAUGUUCUCACUUCUCUUUGGAGGCUUGCACAAGACUAUCAGUCGUGAUUGGCGUUUCGCGCCAAAGAUGAUCAAAUGCUUCAUCGAAGUCACGAGCGCCGACAAGCCUUCCAUCCAGAAGCUUGCCUCCAACGCUACAUUUCAGAUACUUGACAUGGGCAAAGCCAGCGAGCGUAUGGUCAUCGUCGACAAGGAUGCUAUCGAAGAAUUAGCAUAUGUCAUUGGCUCUGACGAGGAUGAGGCUUUGCAGCGAAAAGUCGUCAAGCGACGAGAAUACAUCAAGCAGAAGCGUACUCGGAUUGAAGGCAAAAAGGCAGAGUUGUCUCAGGAGCUCGUCAAAAUUGCCGCUACCGCGCAUUGGAAAAAGGUUCAGCGCACAGCUGCCAUCAUUUUCACUCUCGGCAUGCGCUAUGAUACCAUCGCUUCAAAGGAGAUGAUUGAUCUCAUCGUUAAGGGCUCUGUCGAUCAACACCCAAGUCUACGAAGUUACUUCUCCGGAACUCUGACCGGUCUGUUUUCCGUGGUGACUACACGUGCAAUUACGGGACACACUUACGAGAAGUAUCUGCUUGGUGUGGAAGAGCUGCCUGAUAAGAUCGAAGUGCCAACGAGGCGCGAGGAUCCUAACUGGACUGCGGAGUACUUAGCCGCCUUUGCUCAACCAGAGGCUAAGUAUUACAUCGACUCCGAUCAUCCGGGUUGGCUUGUGUGGAACAAGAACAUGACAGCGUUCUUGCCUAAUGCCGGCCAACUGGAAUUCGACGAAGUCGAGACCGAAGUGCGAAAGACGAUUGCCAAGCAUCUCACACGAUCAUGGUUCUCUAACCUCUUCGCUUUCAUGAAGCAAGAACCGCGCGACAACACUGCCGACCGCUUCCGCAUGUCAGGGGCCAUGCUGCUCACAAAUACUUUCGACCUCGUCUUUGCAGGUCUAACAGAGGCGACUUUCCAAGACCUCAAGGACCUGACCCAAUCUGUCUACGGCGACGGAAGCGACAAGCAUCAACAUCGUGCUACUGCUGAGAUCAUGGCUGCCUUUUUGUCUUGUGCGCCCGACAUGGAUGCAGACUUGCGAAAGGAGAUUUGGGAGUACGCUUUCCCUAUCGUGCGUGGGAUCUUCAAAGACGGCCUGACGCCUGAGAAUUCUGGCUAUUGGACAACCUUCUUGCACGUCGUUCUGCAAUCUAGGGACCCGAGGCGCGGCUGGCCUCUUGUGGACUGGCUAGCAAGCUUCCGCCUUGACAUGGACUCGAACGCGGCAUUCAAGGAGAGCUCGAAGAUACAUCUGUUGACGCAGUGUAUAUCCGACGCAGGUUGGCACUUCCAGCUCGAAAAGCCCAUUCUCGAGAAUUUCUUGCAGCAUCUUGAUCAUCCGUACAAGGGCGUCCGUGAAGCCAUGGGUCAGACCAUUGCAAGCAUUUACCGCACACGUUAUCACGAAUCUUACAAGGAUAUUGGCACGCUCAUCAGGGCCCAGAAGGAGGCAUCGUCCAUCGGUGUUCGUCCCUACGAGCCAACUCCCGAGUUUGAGCAGACAAUCACCGAUGUGUUCGCCCGCCUAGAAGCCUGGCGUCAUCAGCGCCCAGCUGGACAACAGACGCCUUCUUCAUAUACAUCAGGCGGCAAGACGGUCUUGCUUUGGUUGGACUCCACUUUGUCAUCCUAUGAGUGCACAUCGCUGGCCAAGUUCUUCCCCAAUGUCUUCAUGGAGCAGCUUCUCCACAUGAUGGAUAUCAAGGAGGACCCCGAGCUCCAGUCCCUCGCUUACCACGUCUUCCGCCACUUGCCUAACAUCCCGCUUCGCGAAGGCGAGGAUGCUGACUUCAUCGCCGCAUUGGUUCGCAUUGGACGUAAUGCGACCAGCUGGCAUCAGCGUCUCAGGACCUUGAUCAACAUUCAGGUCCUCUACUUCCGCCGACUGUUCCUCAUGGGUGAAGAGCAGCAGCAGAAGAUGUUUGAUUGUGUCUCAGCCAUGUUGUCAGACAGUCAGCUCGAAGUCCGCAUGGGUGCUGCGACGACACUGUCCGGCAUGAUCCGUUGCUCGCCUGUAGCGUUACGGGACAAGCAGGUGUCAACCCUCAAGGAACGUUUCACCACUCAGCUCACGAAGAAUCCGCUGUCGAAGAAACGUAUCCCAGGUACACCGACGCUGGAACAGAGCAAGCUUGUGUUGACACGCCAUGCUGCUGUUCUUGGCCUCGGCUCAUUGGUCCAAGCCUUCCCGUACCAGAGCCCGCCUCCAGCAUGGUUACCGGAUGUUCUGGCCACAUUGGCCCGCAAGGCCGCAGCCGAUCCCGGAGUUGUAGGAAAGAGUGUCAAGACCGUGCUGGCAGACUUCAAGAAGACGAGGCAGGACACUUGGCAUGUUGACGUUAAGGCUUUCAAGCAAGAACAGCUGGAGGAUCUGGAAGGUGUGCUGUGGAAGAGCUACUUCGCCUAA